CAGAUCUGCAAAAUGAGGGAGUCCAUGGAAAAAUUAAUCGAUUAUUUCAAGAAAUACCCAUCAUUGCCGCUUUUCUGUGGGUUCGGAGUUGCGUAUAUAAGUUACUAUUUGUUUCACGUUGCAAAGAAACCAUUGGUAGCAUGUGGAGACAGCAAGUUGAAGGCAUUUCUGAUGACCCAUUGUCCCAUAUUACAUGAGAAGUUCUGGCCAACAUUAUGGUGCUUUGAAUCCAGAGGCCAAACCAUCCUCCGAUCUCUGAUGAAAUCUAACCCAGUCAUUAAUUAUGCUAGUGAAAUCCUUGAAACACCUGAUGGUGGAAUGAUCAAGCUAGAUUGGAUGGAGAAUGAUAAUAGUGAAACAUAUUGUGAUAAAAAUACUAGACCUACAGUUAUAGUGCUUCCUGGGCUCACAGGAAGUAGUCAAGAGAGCUACGCUCUUCACAUGGCUGAUGAGGCAAGAAAAAAAGGAUAUAGGGUUGUUGUAUUCAAUAACAGAGGCAUGGGUGGCACAAAGCUUUUGACUGCAAGGACGUAUUGUGCUGCAAAUACUGAAGAUAUGGCUACAGUAGUUGACCAUGUCAAUGAGAAGUACCCUAAAGCCCCACUUGUAGGAGUUGGUGUCUCAUUAGGAGGGAUGAUUUUAGUAAAUUACAUAGGAAAGCAGGGGAAAGACUGUAAACUACAUGGGGCAAUGACUUUCUCAACAGCAUUCUGCCCCUUUGCUUCUAGAGUCUCCCUAGAAACACCUGUUAAUCGUUAUAUAUUUAAUCAUCACCUAACAAGUAAUCUCUUACAAUAUGUUAGUCAGUAUACCCCACUAUUCAACAACCAUGUUGACAUGAAGAAAGUUGCCAAAUGUAAAACUAUUUAUGAAUUUGAUGAUCACUUCACAGCAAAGAUAUUUGGCUAUGAGAAUGCUGAGGAAUACUACCAUGAUGCUAAUCUUCAUUAUAAGGUGGAUAAGAUUGAGAUUCCAUUGCUCUGCUUGAAUGCUGCUGAUGACCCUUUCUCACCUUUACAUGCUAUUCCAAUAAAAGAAGCUGAGAAAAAUGAGAAUGUUGCACUUGUUGUGACAUCACAUGGUGGCCAUAUUGGAUUCUUGGAGGGCCUGUUCCCACGUCACACUAGCUACAUGGAUCGCAUGUAUGGACAGUUCAUAGAUGCUAUAUUUAAACAUGGUGGGGAGCUACAAAGGAGUAAGGAAUGAAUAAAGAGGAUUAUAAAAACAACUUAGUAAUCAAAAUAUGUAAAGGAAUAUUUUGUGGCACAUACAGAUUCAGAUUGUGAUUUUCCCGAACUUUAGGGAUUAGACUUUACAGUAGGAUAGAAGAGAAUGUGGAACAAAAUAUAAAUGCACAUAAACGAUAAAUUGUCGAUAAUGCAUUAAAAAUACUUAAUUUAAGUUCAUGAUCAAAUGAAACCAAACUAUAGGAUGAAUGUGAAUGAAGUUGAUUCAGUCCCAGGCUACAAUAUACUUUUAUUCCAUGUUGUUUUAUGUGCAAUAAGAUAAUCGAUUAAAAACUGUGAAGUAAGGAUAAAUUCAUUUUUUCACAAAUAAGUGAAUUGACAAAAUGAUGGCCCUCACAUUAGGUUCAAACAAUCACAGAAUGAGAAACAGUUAGUGAGAUAAUAACAUUAUAAAGUCAGACAUUUACAAUAUGUACAUGUUUAUGUACAAUAUGCACAAUAAUCAAAUGUCAUAGUUCUAAACUAUUUGUUCAUAAUGGUAUGAUUUGUUGAUAAAAACAUUCUUUUAUGAAAUGUUAAUUUGAUCUAUACUUUUGCCUAAAAGUAGGCCUAUUCAUAUGGCAGAUAUAUUUUAACCUAUCAAUUCAUCAGGCAGAAUCACUCAAAACAAUGGAGAUAGAAUAUUCAAUGAAACAAAUCUUCUCUUAGAUUUUAGUUGAUUUUUCAAAUGCAAAUAUUCAUAUGACCUUGCUUUCGUGAUUGCCACUUUCCACUUGGUCUAGAGGAGGGAACAACUUAAAGAUGUGCAUCCACAUGGCUUUUGACAACUUAUUAUCACAGGGAAUACUUUAUAAUACAGUGUAAUGCAAUAACUUUAUUUAAAUAAAAAAUAUGAUUUAUUUCAUUUAUUAUUAACAUAUUUUUUAUACAUCAGUUGUUG